UCCCGCGCCCACCCGUCCGUCCGUAGCACGUGUCCCAAUUUCCGCGAACCCCGUCCCGAAAUCCAGCGCGAAUCGCUCGCUCCAGCUGAUUUUGCGCCCGAAAUUUUACCCCCGGAAAUAAAGGACGAACUCAAAACGAUUAGUUCAUAUAAGAAGGAAGAAAAAUCGGGACAAGUGUUUUCGCCGAUUAUUAUACUAUUUUAAUUCGAAUUGGAGGACUGUUCACUGGAGACAGUGAAUUUGAUAUUUUAAUUAAGUGUCAAAAUUUGGAAUUCGUUUCCCCGUAGAAUUAUUCCCACCAGUGUUUGCACAACGUGAAUUAGAAAGACUACCGGUGAUUUUUUGUAUAAUUUUUGUGUUUUUGAGUCUUCGCAUGUGGUUCGAAAUAAUCACCCAAGGAGAUCCUCAGAUAUGUUACUCCAUCGUACCAACAUUCGUUACAAUCUGAGCUACCAUGUCGAGUCGGGUGGGCGGUGGUAGCAGCAGGCUCGGGCCGGGGGGCCCGGGGGCCGGCGGGGACGAGCACGCGCCGGUCCAGGAGCAGGGGAACGCCGCCGGGCUCGUCGUCAUGGUGGCCGUGCUCUGCUUCAUGCUCGCCUACUGCUGCUGGGGCGCCCCCUGCUGCCGCGGGGGCGCCGACGACUGCUCCGCGACGCCCAGCCGCGCCUCCACGCCCAACAUCCUCCUCCUCCCGCACGGCCGCAUCCUCCUCCUCGACCAGGUCGUCGUCAACGCCUUCCACCAGGAGCUCGGCCUCCACCACGAGCUCCCGCUCCCCAGGCUCCCGCCCACGCACACACAGAUCCGCUACGAUGAUGCGCCGAACGCUCGCCGGGCGCUUCUCCAGUAUAGAGACACGUCCAUCGAAACAGACUCGGACAAAGAUAGCGAGUUGUCGCCUUCAAACCAAGGGAUACCGCCGCCGACAUAUGACUCACUGUUCACGAGGACCGAGUCCUCUUCUAGCCAGUCCUUCCCACCUCCGUACGAGGAAAUCACACGACUGAAUAUUGAUGUAGAUAAAAAUUCCGUAGCCGAGAGUAGCGUUUGACGGUAGAGGGAAAUUUUCAGCGCUGCUGCAUUUUCGGAGCUUGCAUAGAUCCAGGCACAAAUAGCAUAUUUUUUAUUUUUCUUAGAAAUGGGUUAAAAUGGAGCUGGGGGGAGGGAUACUUGUAGACAAAGAGGAAAAUGAAGACCUAUGUAAGUAAAAGUAAUCUGGGUUUGUUGAGUUCAAAUUGGUCGUUUCUUUGGAAAAUUAAGCACAUUCCACCGAUUUCCUUCUCGGUGAACUCCGAACUUAGUUACGUUUGUAGAGAAUUCUAAAAAAUAGAGAAUUUUUGAUGAAAACUGUCAAAUUUUAGGAAAGUUUGAGCUAUUUUUUGGUUCAGCGAAUGUCGUUGCCAGCCUAACAGUGAAUAAUAAAGUGCUCAAUCUUGAACAUCAUAUAAGCAAUUCUUGGCUUUGAUCUUUUACAAUAUCCUCGAGUAUGCAUAGGUAGGUAUUCUAAUGAGGCAACCGGAGGACUGAACUUACCUUUCAAUCAGAGGCUACCAAGAAAAUCAUUCCGUAUGGAAAUAAAUGUAAAGUUCUUGGUUUUCCGAUUUUACGAAGAGAAUUAUACAUUCGACAAAAGCAUAUCAAUGAACAAUUACUCUUAAGAAUUACGACAACACCAUUUUUAAUCUUGGCCUUUCGUUCAAGGGGAAGUGUGGAGGAGCCAAAUUCGGGUGAGAGAGAAAGAGAAAACAGAAAGGAACUGAGUACCUAGGCAAUUUUCUAUGAAUUUAAAGUUCCUGAAUGUUUAAGAUUUGGAACACGAUAAUUCCUGGCAUUUUCAAUAGGCAUUUUUAUAAAAAUAUUUCUUAAAGGGCACUAUGACCUCGUCUCCUUAGUGAAAAAAAAAAAAAAAUUCAAAAUUUGCAGGCUCAUUACAGAGAGACAUAAAUGUACGGUUGUUUGACAGCCAAUUUUUAGACUUUUCACUGCAGGGUAAAAUUGCCUGACAUUUCUAAAUUUUUCUCAAUGUUUUAAAAACGCACUGAUAAUUUCCAGACCCUGCAACAGGGUUUUUAAAUACUUUCAAAAGGAGAAGGGAGGAAUUUAGUAGUCCUAGUUAAGGCAUCUUGAAAAAAGUUCCGUACACAUUUUAAUUGAUGUGGUUAAUUUCCCUGAAUAAGAUUCUAAGCUAAGAAGCUAAAAAC